GGAGCAGCUCGGGAGACAGACCCAGGAUCCCAGCGCAGUCCCAACAAGCCCCAGUUCAUCUAAACAAGCUCGGUCACUGGGAUUUAAACCCACAACCCCACCCAGGAGGACCCCCUGCCCCCCCUCAGGGCCCCCUCUGUCUUGCCACUGGGGAUGUCUAGACUGGUGUUACUGUAGUGGAGAAGACCACCGCCUUAACGUCUGCUAACAGUGGCUCGGCCAGUCCAUCACCAUGCCUCAAUUAAGUGUCAGUCCCAGCUCAAAGUCUAACUGUUGCCCUCUCUGGCUCAUCUGGGUUCUCCUGGGCCUCUCUGCUGUACACACUCAUGCCAAAGAUGUCCUCAGUGUACCCCAGCAGGUGAGCCUAUCGCCCAACAGGUUCGCACGGCAGCUGUCCAUUUCGUGGCUGGGAGGAGCCGCCACAACGUUUGACCUCAUGAUCCUUAGAACUGAACUCAAUGAAAGUGCCUUCUACGAGACACUGUCUGUGAAUCCAGUGAGUGGUCAACACCUGUGGAACUGGACCUCAGCUGAACCUCUGGAAUGCACCUCUCUGUCGAUCAAAGUCCGCUCAAGAGAUGGACUCAUGACAAGUGAAUGGAGCAACACUCAGAUACUUCAAGGAAAUGAUCUCCCCAGCAAUGACAAAUUCCAGGUUUAUCCCCUGGAUACAAUUGUACCUGUGGGGGCCAAUACUACCUUCUGCUGCAUUGUGGAGGAGGGGAAGGUCUUUGGUGAUCUCCUCUACAGUGGCGCUGUGAUGAAUACGACUCGACUCAGCAGGCGGACUUACGCCAGCACGAUGGUUAAUCAAGGACCAUCCGUCAGCUCUGGAACCAACGUUAUCUGUUACGAUAGCCUGAGGGCUAUUGCUGGAGCCGUGGUGUUUGUUGGAUAUCCACCUCUGCUCAGUGAUUUUGUGUGUGAAACUCACGACUUAACCUCAGCUGUAUGCCAUUGGACUGAAGCGCGAGACACACACAUCUAUGGCAAACGGGGAGUACGCUACUCGCUGAACAAGAGGGAUUGUCCUCGGGGAAAGCAGCAGCAGAAGCAUAAAGUGUGUACUGUGGACCAUUGGGAGGGUAACUGGACACUGGUAGCUGUGAAUUUUCUCGGCCAGUACAGCCUCAAUGACUCUGCUGAAAUCCUUAACAGAGUGCAUCCAGUAGCACCAACCAAAGUGAGCUCUGUUGUCGAUGCCUGGAAUGCCACUGUGCUGUGGCAGUGGAAGUACAGGAGCUAUUCCUCCCUGGGUCUUGUCUGUCAGGUCGAGCUCACCUGCCAUGGAUCCAAAACAAAUCUUACCGUCUCUGGUGUGGGUCUGCAGUCUGUGGUGCUGUCAGACCUUUAUCCUGAUGAAGAUUACAGUGUUCAAGUCCGCUGUGGUGCCCAGCUCAAUUUCUGGAAGUGGGGCAACUGGAGCGAAGCGUUUACCUUCAAAACUAACACUUAUGUUCCAGAGGCUCCUGAUGUAUGGAUUUGGAUGAACGGAGACAACACCGGGCAGAUUGUUUGGAAGCCUCUGACAAGAAGACAGAGCCACGGUCAGAUCACAGGUUAUGAAUUCACUCUCUGGAGCGCUGAAGAAAAUGUACAGCACACACAGAUUUUUUCACCUGGAGCUACUGCUGCACCAAUCAACUUCACCCAGAUCGCUGCCUUCAGCAGUGACAAGAUCAUUGCAACCAUCAUGGCAAAGAAUGUUAAGGGCUCAUCUCAACCUGCCAGUGUGGUCGUACCUCUACGUUUGACAGAACCCCUUGCUUUGUCCAGGGCAGUUUACACAGAGAGCGGUUUCCCUCUGACCUGGCAGAGCGAUGCCAACGCUACCGGUGGUUAUGUAGUAGAAUGGAUAGAUGCUGUCUGCACGAGGGACUGCUCCGUGGAGUGGAUCAAGGUGGCCGCUGGACACACAAAUGUGUCCGUAGUGUCGGCCAACUUCCAGCCGGGUGUGAGGUACAUCUUUUCCUUGUACGGCUGCUCCUCUGAAGGCCGGGAGCUGCUUCAGCGCCAGCAGGGAUAUGUGCAGGAGCUGGUCCCUUCCAGUUCUGUCCUUCUGUCAACCAGUCAGCAGAACUCGGAUGUUCUUCUCUCCUGGGGAGAGAUCCCACUGCUCAACAGAAGAGGUUUCCUCCUGGGCUACAAUGUUUACAACAGUACUGGCUCUGAACUCAAACUUCUAGUAAAUCUGCCAGAUAAAGAAAACAGGAGCUACACAGUGAAGGGGCUGUCUGAGGGCUCCCAUAAAUUUACUGUUAAGGCCUACACCUCGGCCGGCGAAGACACAGGUGCUACUGGCUCCAUUACACUGGAGCUAUACGCUGACUGGCUGAUCCUGGAGAUCCUGACUUCUCUGGGAAUCACAACCUUAUUCCUCGUCAUUGUCACCUUCAUCUGCUACAAGAAGAGAAAAUGGGUGAAAAAGGCAUUCUAUCCAGACAUACCUGAGCCCAAGCUGCCCGGUGAUUGGUCCAGACGACAGGGGCCGUUGGACGUGAAGCCAUCUUCCCAUAGUAUAAUGCACAUUGUAGAAAAGCCUGAUUGGGAUUCUAGUAAGGAGGCACUCGUUGUCAUUCCUGAAGAAGAUGAGGAAGAAGAGGGGCAGGGGAUUGGAGAUGAGCCAGUUGACACAGAUGAGCCAACGUCGUUACGCUACUACAACCAAGUAGUAGAUGAGAGGCCCAUAAGACCACGUUACCCAGACUCCUCUGAUUCCUCUGCAUCUUCUUUGGAUUCAGCACGCACUGAUGUGACGUACACAGGAAUCCAGACGUCAGGGUCGUCAUUGGUCUUCCAGCUGGAUUCACAGGGCUCUGCCGAGGGCCACCAACCCCACACUGAUAUGUCUGUCAGUGGUGGAGGAGGAGGUGGAGGUGGAGGGGACUACAGGCCCCAGAUGCAAGCUAGAGCCCCAAAUGAUGACAUUGACCUGGUUUCCUCUGAGCCUUUCAUAGAGGCUGCCAGUGGUGGGGGCUAUAAACCCCAGAGCUCUUGGCAUUUGGACUCCCCCGUGGAGGGCGAGGAAAAUGGAGGCCGGGCCCCGUCUCUCGGAUCCCCCACUUCUGUCGCUUCCACUCAGUUUCUCCUCCCUGAUGGAGAAGAACACACAGAGGAGAGGCGACAGCCAUCAUCAUCAGCAACAACCUGGUUCACCAAUCUGCUGUCAUCCACAAAACCGUGAUAUGAUCUCUGUGUCACUGCUGGAGGGGUCAACAUUUAACUUUGAGAUUCAUUACUGUUACCAGUGUCAUGCAUCAAACAGGUUUAACCCAAAUGGUCUUAGUAAAUAUGCCCUCUAAUGUAGCUCUACAUCCUUAUGUUUGCAUUUCGACAGCAGGUUAAUGAUCGUAUUUAAGGUGUCUAUUUCCACACAUACAGAUAUACACAUAUAUUGUUAAAUAUCAUAAAUCUAAAACUGUAUAUUUAUACGUCAAACAUUUCUAUUCUGACAACGAUUCUCUUCCACAUAUUUCUUCAGACCUCUUUUCUUUUGUUGCUGCCCCUGGUAACCUGGUUGGUGGCUUUUACGAUAAAUCACAGCCUUUACUGUGACUCCCUGUAAUGGGCAUUUAGCGAUGGCAUAUCCAAUGUUUCAGUUGACUCUGUCCAGUUCUUAGCUUACGUUUCACAUGUUGUUAGUUUUCGUGAUGUGAACUUUACUACACUACAAAAUAAACUGAAAACAAGAAUACUUUGAUCCAAAGAUCCAAGACCGAAGGACAUUUUUAACAGAACACUACAGACGAGUGUUUGAACAGAAGGUAGCUGAGAAGACAUAAAUCCUCUCUUCACUCUUUCCCCGUCUUGUGAUAGCCGUUGUUUUGGGUAAUCUUGCCUGCUUUCUGACCACUGAUGAGCUACUGAAAGGAAACGAAACUGAAAUGCAAAUUGAAAAUUGCACUUACAAAACAAAAACGGUCAUUAUUUUACACAGAUACUGGAGUGGUGCUUUCUAUUGCAGUCUGGAAUUGUGUGGGCGAUGAGCCCAGUACACUGAUAUAAGCUAGAAUAUGAUUACACACUGAUGUAAUUUUAUGAAUGAACACUAUUCUGUUAUGUUUGCAUGUUAUUGUUAUGAUGUCUUCCUUAACCAGUAGAGUUUUAUUUUUUUAAUUGUCAUAGACAUGCAGUUCAUUUCACUGUCGGGCCAGUGGCAUUUUUUUUAUUAUGUUGCGAAUUAUCCUCAAGUUGAUGGUUGGACAAAUUAUGUGAGUUAACUUGUAAGGGUAAUUACAUUGUUUAAAUCCUUUUUCACGUGCUGCCUGAAUGUCAAACAUAAUGAACCAGACUCUGCCCAGUGCAUACGUCUGCUAACAGUCCUCUUAUGAAUUUAAUUUAAAUUCAAUAGAUCUGCAUUUUUAGCUGCACCAAAUUGCACACACUCAGAUACCAGUGCCCUAAACGUGACAGACUUUUUUUUCUAUCAAGAUCCACAAAUCCUUCUCUGAGAAAUCAAUGAAAACGUUAAAGAAAACUUCCUUGAUCCUCCCCCCAGAUUCAGAUCUGCACCAACAUUUAAUGGGUUCUUCCUUUGGUCUUGCCCCACAAAACUUCAGGGAAAUUGGUAGAGUUGUUUUUGUGUAAUCUUAACUAAUAAUCAAACAAAUGCAGAUGACAACAUAAGCUCAUUUGCAGAGGUAAUUAUUUACAACAAUGCAGUUUGCAACUGAAAAGAAAUGCAGUGCUUAAAGCACACAGGCAUGGAGUGUUAUGUACAAAAGUUCUGGUUAAUAUAGAUACUUCAUACUUUUUUCUUUUGUUGCAUUAUUUUUAAACCCAGACAGAAUGUGGACUUGGUGUGCUUAGGAGCUUGUUUAUUUUUUGCUAGAGACCUGAGUCUACUUUUAAAGUUCUUUUUUUAAGUUGAUUGUUUAUCUUUUAAUUGCAGAGUUUUCCUGAAGGCACCAUGUCAUGUUUUGUGAUUGUAGAAAGGGACCAAGGGAAAAGUGGAGUCUAUAAUUUGAGCUUUUGUUGACAAACGUGGGGGAAAGGUUGUGUGACUAUUUGUUGCUUGGCAGCAAUUUCACAUCUUUGUCAUGGUGUCCUAGCCCAAGUACCCUUCACAUACUCCAUGAGCUUUCCACUUGUGUAUGUACAGUGUGUGUGUGUGUGUGUGAAGGAUGCACCAUUGGCUGGUCUUCCAAAAAGCAUCAUUAUGCAAAUAUUAUCCUUUGACAUCAAAGUAAAGUGGUAACCAAGAUGUUUUUCAGUUAGACCCUGGUGUGGCAACCUGCUGUCCGUUGUUUCUCAGUGCCUCCAGCCAACAAGCUUUAAGCAAAACUACUGUGACAUGACUGAUGAGUUAGAUGGAUGUAUGUGGCUUCACUGAUGAACUCAUAACAGUCAGGCAGUCCUCUUUGACUACUGAGAAAAAUAUAUCCCCUCUUUCUCUUUAUCUCGUUACACUGAUCUGAAGUUUAACUUUUAAAUUGAUCCUGCCCCAGCCGAGCUGAGUGAAGCGUUUGAUUAUGUGAGAUCAGAUCAGUGACGAUCACUUCCAGACGGUGGUGUAGGGUGGCUAAAGUUUUGAGUAUUUAAACAUGGCUGCAAAUUGUUUUCCUUUAAAGCCUGCUUUCUUAGACCGGCAGCGCUUUGGAGUCUAACCUAUGAACGCUAUGUGUUAGAGGCUUUUAUGUUGAUUUGGAUCAACAAAAUGGCAACUUUUGAUUUGUCUCAAAAUCUCUGUUUUUGUAUAACUAACUGUAUAUUAAAAUGUUUAUUCCAUUUUAUUCCUUCUAACAAGACAAAAUACUAAGGUGUUUUACAUUGGAAAAGAUAUACUCUAUAUUGCAACAUGCAGAGUUAAUGUUGACUAACCAGAUUUCUUGAGAUAGAAAAGGUUUGUGUUGAGGACACCAGAUAUAUUAAGUCCUAAUAAAGGUGUUGUGUGUAAAUCCAUGAAAAGCUUUUUAAAGUGUGUCUGGAAAAAAAACAUGUAAAUUAAUUAGAAAUGUGAUCCUGUCCUGGUUCUUAGUUUAGCCUGCUUUGCAUUACUAGCUUAUCGCAGCAGUGUCGUUUUGCCACAUUGUAAGUAGGGCCAGAAAACUCACCAUGCAGACUCACACAUGGCAACUGCUGACGUGCAAUUUUCCAUUCAGUCCAUUAUCUUUUCCCAAUGUCCAUCCACACUUUUAAUUGGCGCCUGUGUUUGGGGAUUAUGCAGGAUUACAGCCGGGUACACUCGCUGCCUUACACAUCUUCAUCUCUGGCCCUAGAUGUUCUGCUGAAUCGAUGCAUGCUGUAUAUACCAUUACUAAACAAACAGCUCCAUGUUUCCCUAUAGCUUUAAAACACAUGACUGAAGUAUCAUGCACCUGAACAUGCUUUAAAAUCCAUGAUGUUUUGCAGAAAUAUUUUUUGCAUUAACUGAAUAAAGAGACACAGUGAAGUGCUAAGCGAAUGAAUAAAUAUUAACACUAAUAACACAAAGUGAAACGCUACUUGUUUAAUGGCAAUAAAGUUAUUUGUCUGGCCGCUA